AUGUUCAAGUCCCGGAGGUUCUCACGCCAGUGGAUCUCGCUAGUUCCCUUCAUUUCGCAACAUGGGACACAGAACACGAACUUCUACAAACAGUGUCUGAGUAACUAUAAGAGUGACAUCAAAGUCCCCAUCUCCUUCACUGUUGGGAAUGGCAAGUAUGUGAGGAUCAACACCACAUGGUGCAACAACACAGAUAACUGUAACUCGGCUCUACUUGGAGUGCCCACGGGGAGCACCACCAAGAACGGGCUGCAGUGCCCAACCUGCUUCGCUCUGAACUUCGCUCUCUGCAACAGCUCAGUCACCCCUUGUACUGGGGACGAGACCUAUUGCAUCGAUUUCACUGGGCACCUAGUGAAAGGUUCAUCUCGUUCACCAUUUCAAGCGAAAGGCUGCGCUACUGCGUCUGCUCAGGCCAUUAAACCUGGAGCCAACCUGAUUUCUACACCCUACACAUUCUCCUUUUUUUGGGGGCAAACUUUUCCAGCACAGAAUAUACCCACCAGCCCCCCUCCCAUAACCACCCCCUCCGCUAAUACCACCAACCCCCCUCCCACAAAUGCCAUCCCUGCUAAUACCACCACCAGCCCCACCACCACUCCUACUACCACUACCACCACUACCACCCCUACAACCACCACCACCCCCAACACAACUACCACAAACAAAACAACCACCAUCCAGAAAACACCCACCCCUACAACCACCACCACCACCAAACCCACUACCCCAUCCAAAACAACCACCUCAUCCAAACCCGCCCUCCCCGCCCAAACAACCCGCAGUGGGGCCAGCCCGGCUCUGGGGAAAUUCUCCUUUGCCCUCUACCUGCCUGGCCUGACUGGGCUGCUGCUGGUGAAGCUGCUCUCCUGA